AUGCAUCGUGUCGAUGAUGUCAAACCCAGGCCAUGGCAGGCCCAGCGCCCACCAACCCGUCUACGGCAUCCAUGGCCCCAGAUUGACCGCAGUGCUGCGCGGCCAUGUCCUGCAUGUCACCGCUUUGCUGCUCCAGCCGUGUCCAACCCGCUGUCGACGGCCUCUUGGUACGCCUCAGCUCUUGUUUCGCGGUGCUGGGCGCUGCUCCGUCCCAGCACACGCCUCGUCGGCAUGGGAUCAGAUGACGGCUGCCUCAAACGCAUUGCAGACAAGUCGUCCAAGCACCCCCAGAGCCCGUCUGUCCUUUGCAUUGGGAUUCGCCGGCCACUGCUCAUGCGCCACACCCAGCCCACACCCGCCACCGCCACCGCCACAUCGCCCCUCUACUAUCCGCGCCUUCCGCCUUAUCGUCCCACACUCGGACUCGGACUUGCUGAUAGCCCGCCGCCAGCUCAACAAUACCACACAUCCUGA